GCCGCCAGGCCGUCCGGCCACCAGCCCCAGCCCCGAGGACACGAGCGGCGCGGCCAGCCGCCCCCGCGAUCCCUGGUCUGCUCUGCAGCCCCCAGGGGACCUAGUACCCGUGAGCAGGUAGGGACACCGGGCCUGCAGCACAGGGGGGCGGCGUGUGGAACAUGACUCCAUCACCCAGUGCUUCUCCCGCCGCCGGAGGCCACACCCACCUGCGCCCAUGGCCAGCACAGGCCCCUCGCUUUCUGGCGCCUUUGACAUUCUAGGCGCAGCGGGCCAGGAUAAGCUCUUGUAUCUUAAGCACAAGCUUAAGACCCUGCGGCCAGGCUGCCGGGGGGCGGACCUCCUGCACGCCAUGGCGCUCCUAAAGCUGGGCCAGGAGACCGAGGCCAGGAUCUCCCUGGAGGCGCUGAAGGCGGACGCUGUGGCAAAGCUGGUGGCCCACCAGUGGGCCGGUGUGGACAGCACUGAGGCCCCAGAGGAGCCCCCAGACGUGUCCCGGGCCGUUGCCAGGGUGUACCACCUUCUUGCCGAGGAGAGGCUGUGUCCAGCGUCAAUGCGGGAGGAGGCCUACCGUGCAGCCGUCCGUGCUUUCAGGUCCAGGGACGACCCCCAGCUGGAGGAGCUUCAGGAAGAGGCACGAGACCGGUGCGGAUGGGAUGUCCUUAGCGACCUGGGGGACAUCCAAACUCUCCACUCCGAUCUGGGGUGCCUCCUGCCGUCCUCGGCAUCACCCUCCAGGACCCGCAGCGAUCCGCGGCCCAUCAAGGACCUUUCGGACUGGAGCACGGGGCAUUCCCUGAGAUCCACCGGCAGCCCGGCCUCCCUGGCCAGCAACUUGGAAAUUAGCCAGUCGCCCACCGUGGCCCUCCUCAGCAGUCACCACAGCCCCCACGGGCCCAGCAAGCUGUGUGACAAGCCCCGGGCCAGCCCGGUGCCCGAGCCUGCCCCUAUGGGCUGCCAGGAGCCCGAGGAGAUGAGCUGGCCCCCAUCAGUGGAGGCUGCCAGGCCCCCAGAGCGGCCAAACGGCCCAGCCCCCAGGCUUCCCGAGGUGGCCGUAGAUGCAUGCCCCGCCAGCCUGCACGACCCCCCGGAAGCUCCGAAAACCAGCACUCACUACUCGGUGGAGUGCGUGGAUGUGCCAGCAGCUCCCAAAUCUCUCCCCUCGCCUUCCGGAACCGCCUGCCCUGUCGCGGAUCAGACGCCAGUCCAACUUUCAGAGGAAGACACCACUUACCUGGUCGCUCAGCCACGUCCACCGACUCCAUCGGCCCCCCAAGCGUCCCCUCCCUUUUCGUCUCCAUCGACCCCUCCGAAGGCUCACCCUACCGUCUCGAAGCCGGGGCCCCCUCCCUUUUCGUCUCCAUCGACCCCUCCUAAGGCUCACCCUACUGUCUCGAAGCCGGGCCCCCCUCCUCCCGAGCGGGAGUCGCAGGAGCAGAAAUUCUAUAACUUUGUGGUGCUGCACGCUGGCGCUGACGAGCACAUCGCGCUGCGCGUGCGCGAGAGGCUGGAGGCCCUGGGCGUGAGCGACGGCGCCACCUUCUGCGAAGAUUUCCAGGUGCCAGGGCGCGGCGAGCUGCACUGCCUGCAGGACGCCUUAGACCACUCGGCCUUCACCAUCCUGCUGCUCACCUCCAACUUCGACUGCCGGCUGAGCCAGCACCAGGCGAACCAGUCUCUGAUGAGCAGCCUCACGCGGCACGGGUGGCAGGAUUGCGUGAUCCCCUUCCUGCCCCUGGAGAGUUCCCUGACCCAGCUCAGCCCCAGCACGUCCAGCCUGCUCACCGCCCUGGUGUGGCUGGAUGAGCACUCCCCGAUCUUCGCCAGGAAGGUGGCCAAUACCUUCAAGUCCCAGAAGCUGCAGGCCCGCAAGGCCAAGUGGAGGAAGGAACAGGAUGUCCGGGCCCUGCAGGAGCAGAGCCAACACCUGGAGGGCGAGCGGCAGCAGGCGGCGGCGUGGAGUGCUGCUCACUCGGCUUACCUCCAUAACUACCUGUCCUACCAGACGCAGAUGGAGAAGCUCCAGGUAGCUUUCGGGAGCUACAUGCCAUUUGGGACUCAGCGGCCUUCUGCGCCUCAGGUGCCCUUUGGGGGACCGGGGCCCCUGGGAGCCCCACCACCACCUUUUCCCACCUGGCCGGGCCAUCAGCCGCCGCCCUGGCCUCCUUGGCUGGCGGGCAUGCCCCCACCGGCCUUCCCGCAGCCCCCGGUGGCUUUCCCGCAGCCCCAGGCCUUCCCUCAGCCCCCGGACUUCCAACAGACUUCACCCGUGCACUCUCAGAGCCCUGGGCUGCAGCCCCUCAUCAUACACCAUGCACAGAUGGUACAACUGGGACUCAACAACCACAUGUGGAACCAGAGAGGGACGCAGGCGCCCGAGGACAAGACGCCAGAAACGGAAUGACCAAGUAACUGGACCUGAUGACCUCGGCCUUGAUUCCCCAUCUCCAGGGGUCAGUGGAACAUGGGGUCAUUUGCUACUUUCAGGACACUGCCGGGAAAAUUGACCCCAUGCCUUUCUGGCCCUCAAGGUAGCCAGAAUUGGAUGUGUUUACAAAUUCUCAGUCAAUCCCUCCCUCUUGUUUUUUUUUUUUUUUU